AUGCGAGAGGCGCGGGCGGGGUGCUCCGUGCGACUGGCGCGCGCGCCGCUGUCCCACGGUCGAGCACCCCCGCACCCCGCGCGCCUCACCCUCCACACCCUCUCACACUUUCUUUCGCGCCAUAAAGGUCGUUUCAAAUAUUUCGGAAUGCCGCCCGGUGACAUUUCCCCGCCGUCCGUCCGGCCCGCAGCCUCUGCCAUUCGUUCCAAUAGCAAACAGCUAGACGGAGAAAGCAGCGGCGGCGGGGUCAACGUCCGACGGAAUUCACAGCGGCUGACCGCCGUGAACUUUACCAAGAAAUGCGGCGUAACGCUCCGAAUUACAAAAACCUCAGGCGUUUAUAUGUUCUGGCAGGCUGGCAGGCGAGGAGCAGUGCGAACAGACGCCGGCGGGAUGGAGCAGAGGCGCGUGUUUAAUGAGUCGCGCGCCGCUAUGAAUGGAAUGCAGCGGAGGUUGCGCAAGCGGCUAGCGGCCGCGAGGAAUGCGCCGGAGGGGGGGGGGCGCUGCAGCCUCACUGCAUCCCGGCCAUUCACGCCAGCCUAUACUCUGCGAAAUAACUGUCCGUUAGUGCGCCCUAUCUCUCUACCUGCCACAUUCCGUCUCGGUACAGCUUCUCCCUCGCCUCGGAUCCACUGA